AUGUGCUGGCCCUCACGACAAGACAGGAGCCAACAGCUGGAUCGCAAGACGCAGCACUACAAUGCGCGUCCCGUGCCCGUGGCCCAACCCAGUGUCAAAAGCCAACCGCUAGAUGUCAACACGCAGCACUGCAAUGCGCGUCCCGUGCCCAUAGCCCAAUCCAGUGUCAAAAGCCAACAGCUGGAUGUCAGCACGCAGCACUGCAUUGCGUGUCCCAUGCCCGUGGCCCAACCCAGUGUCAAAAACCAACAGCUGGAUGUCAACACGCAGCACUACAAUGCGCGUCCCGUGCCCAUGGCCCAAUCCAGUGACAGGAGCCUGAAGCGCAAGACGCCGACGCCGAAACCGCGAAAGAAACACAACCAUGGGUAUUCGUCCAGUUACGGGGGUAGGGGCAGUUCGUAUGGCGGUGGUUCAUAUGAUGGUGGUUCAUAUAGUGGUUAUUCGUAUAGUUGUGAUGGUGGUGGUUCGUAUGGCGGUGAUAGUGGUGGUUGCGGAGGCGGCGACAGUGGUGGUGGUGGAGGAGGAGAUGGAGGUUACUACUAG